AUGCAACUUGUCAAUGAGUUUUCUAAGCUUAUUCAAGAUGAGUUUGAGAUAAGUCUCAUGGGGGAGUUAAAUUACUUCUUUGGUCUUCAAAUCAAGCAACUAAACAAAGGGACAUUUGUGUGUCAAACUAAAUAUUGCAAUAAAUUACUAAAUAGAUUUAGUAUGGAAGAUGCAAAAUCAAUCGACACUCCAAUGCCCAUAAAUGGAAACUUGGAAAGGAAUGAAAAUCGUAAGGAAGUUGAUGUCAAGAACCCGAAUGAAAAUGGUAAGGAUGUUGAUGUCAAGAAGUAUAACAUGUGUAUGUGCGCUCGUUGUCAAUCGGCUCAUAAGGAAUCACAUUUAAAAGCCGUAAAAUGCAUCCUUAGAUAUCUUCAUGGUACUUCUAAGUAUGUGAUUUGGUAUUCCAAGGGAAGCAAUUGUAAUUUGGUUGGUUUUACUGAUUCCGAUUUUGUCGGUUGCAAAUCAUAUAGGAAGAGUACUAGUGGAACUCGCCACAUGUUUUCAAACUCCUUAGUAAGUUGGCAUAGCAAGAAACAUGUUUUCGUUGCUUUGUCAACUGCCGAGGCAGAAUACGAGUAG